AUGACUAUGCAGAUCCGUGCUUGCGUCCUCUUGGCUCUCGCCACCAGCGCUCUCGCUGGCUACACCGGCCUCGGCUACGGCCUUGGCUACGGUGGCUACGGCCUCGGCUACGGUCUUGGCUAUGGUGGUUACGGUCAUGGCUACGGUGGCUUCGGCUAUGGCCUUGGUUACUCCAGCUACGCUCCAGCUGUGGCCCACGUCGCCCACGCUGCCCCAGCCGUCGCCACUUACGCCGCUGCUCCAGCUGUGACCAAGGUCGCCACCACCUACCACGCCCCAGCUGUCACCGCUGUUGCUCACGCCCCAGUCGCCACCGCUGUCGCUGCUCCAGUGGCCACCUACGCUGCUGCCCCAGCCUUCGCCGCCUACCACGCCCCAGCUGUGACCACUGUGGCCCACGCCCCAGUGGCCACCUACGCCGCUGCCUACCACGCCCCAGCUGUGGCCACCGUCGCUCACGCCCCAGUCGCCACCGCUGUCGCUGCCCCAGUUGCCACCUACACCGCUGCCUACCACGCCCCAGCUGUGGCCACCGUCGCUCACGCCCCAGUCGCCACCUACGCCGCUGCUCCAGCUGUCUCCACCACCACCGUCCACCACGCCCCAGCUGUCGCCACCGUUGCCCACGCUGCCCCAGCUGUCGCUGCCUACCAUGCCGCCCCAGUCUACGGUUACGGUGUUGGCACCCUCGGCUACGGUGUUGGCCACUACGGUUACGGCCACGGUCUCCUCGGCUACGGCCUGAACUACGGCUACGGCCUUGGCUCUCCCUUCCACUACGGUGCUCUUCUCCGCAAGAAGAAGUUACCGAAGCUGGGGACUGUUCGUUCCACUAUUGUUGCGACGCGCCGCGUUCACUAUGGGAAGGAUGUUUCCUAUAUAAAGGCUCCAAAACUGAGGACAGUCAGCAGUUGGCUCAGCAGCAGCUCUAAAGUAAUCAUGAUCCGUGCUUGCGUCCUAUUGGCUCUCGCCACCAGCGCUCUCGCUGGCUACACCGGCCUCGGCUACGGCCUUGGCUACGGUGGCUACGGCCUCGGCUACGGCGGAUACGGUCUUGGCUAUGGCGGUUACGGUCUUGGCUACGGUGGCUUCGGCUAUGGCCUUGGUUACUCCAGCUACGCUCCAGCUGUGGCCCACGUCGCCCACGCUGCCCCAGCCGUCGCCACUUACGCCGCUGCUCCAGCUGUGACCAAGGUCGCCACCACCUACCACGCCCCAGCUGUCACCGCCGUUGCUCACGCCCCAGUCGCCACCGCUGUCGCUGCUCCAGUGGCCACCUACGCUGCUGCCCCAGCCUUCGCCGCCUACCACGCCCCAGCUGUGACCACUGUGGCCCACGCCCCAGUGGCCACCUACGCCGCUGCCUACCACGCCCCAGCUGUGGCCACCGUCGCUCACGCCCCAGUCGCCACCGCUGUCGCUGCCCCAGUUGCCACCUACACCGCUGCCUACCACGCCCCAGCUGUGGCCACCGUCGCUCACGCCCCAGUCGCCACCUACGCCGCUGCUCCAGCUGUCUCCACCACCACCGUCCACCACGCCCCAGCUGUCGCCACCGUUGCCCACGCUGCCCCAGCUGUCGCUGCCUACCAUGCCGCCCCAGUCUACGGUUACGGUGUUGGCACCCUCGGCUACGGUGUUGGCCACUACGGUUACGGCCACGGUCUCCUCGGCUACGGCCUGAACUACGGCUACGGCCUUGGCUCUCCCUUCCACUACGGUGCUCUUCUCCGCAAGAAGAAGUAAACAAUUCACCUCUAAUUUAUUCGAAUGAGCAACAGAAGAGAAAAUGUGAACACCCUUUCCUGUCUUGCUCCAAGCAAGCACAUUUGAGAGGGAUGAAUAAAAUUCGUAAGCAC